CGGUCGGUCAGUCUGGACGGAGCUUCAGGAGGAGCGGCAGCAGGACGGAGCUCACCCCGACCCUCCACCUCACUCUGUCGGAUCUACCCACCGCUACGGCCACGGGGCAUGCUGGGAUUUACCUGGACACCUACCUGAGUGGACCCGGGACCCAUUUACCGGAUUAAUUUCACCUGUUAUUCCGCAGGAGGACCGUUAGACCACCGGUUGAUACUAGGAGCUGCAGAGACCAGUUUGAGGAUCAGAGUCUGGAUUCACUUUGUGCCCGAGUCUGUUUAACUCGGUUUUAUUUACUCGGUUUAACUGAACCAAGACAGUUGAACCAGGUGAUUAACCCAGGUGAGUGACUCCAGGUGAUUCCUCUCAGUUGAUCCGGUGUCUACUGAGGCGUCCCGCUGCGCUCCGCCCCGCACAAUGCUGUUCAAGUCCGGCAGAUCCUCCGGACCCUGAUGCUGCAGAGACCCUGAGGUCACACCGCAGAGUCUGACGGAGGACAUGCUGCUGUCCGCGCCCUCCAGGCGGGACACGGACCCCCGCUGCAGCCGGGACAGAGCGGCUGCGGACGCGGAUGCGGCGGAGCGGCAGCGCUCGGUGCGGGAGCGGCUGGAGGCCACCGUGUCCGGGCUCGGGGAGCUGGAGUACCUGCGGCAGCGGCAGGAGGUGCUGGUCCGGGCCGCGCUGGAGCUCCGGGAGUCGGCGGCGGCGGAGGAGGAGGCGGAGCGGCGGAGGGAGGCUCAGCUGAGCUCCGAGGAGAAGCUGCUGGAGGAGAACAUCCUGCUGCUCAGGAAACAGCUGAACUGUCUGAGGAGGCGGGACGCUGGUCUCAUCACUCAGCUCCAGGAGCUGGACCGACAGAUCAGCGACCUGCGACUGGACACCGAGGCGUCACAUGACCAGCUGGAGACCGACAGCCGACCAAGCUCAGGUUUCUAUGAGUUGAGUGACGGGGCGUCCGGCUCUCUCUCUAACUCGUCCAACUCGGUCUUCAGCGAAUGUUUCUGCUCGAUGGCGGACGCUGACGGACGCCUCCCGUCCACAGAUGAGCUGCCCAGCUGUUUGGAGUGUGACGGUCUGGUCGGAGGACUCUGUGACGACUUUUCUUCUGGUACAGUUCGUCGCUCAGUCUCCGCUCCUCACCCGCCCACCCUGGAUCCUGUCCCCUUAGUGGCCUCCUGUGACUCCCAGUCUAAGUACCACUGCGACCUGGUGGCCCGAAAUGGCAGCGACGUGUUCCGGUACCCGAGCCCGCUGCACGCUGUGGCCGUCCAGAGCCCCGUCUUCCUCCAGAUGUUGAGUCAUGGCGGUCACGGCAGAGACGAAGGGCUUCUGAAAGCCAUCGAGGCCGGUGUCGAGGGUCUCCGACCAGAAUCUGCUUCUGUUCCAGCUCCUCUUGUACCUCAGAGCUCCUCCUGGCCGGCCCCCACUUCCUCUUCCUCCCAGACCCCGUGUCAUAAGCGUCUGGACAGCUACAUCUACAGUCUGCUGCAGCGGAGAGCCCUGCCCAUCAGGACCAGCAGACCCAGGACCAGCAUCAGCACUGACCCAUCAAAGAGCAUCCUGCGGCAGGCGAGUCUCUGUGUGAGGCAGGUCUCUGGUCUCAGCUCUGGUUCUGGUUUAGGGACUCUGAGGUUGACUGAACUCAAACCCUCCCGGGCAGCAGGAGGAGGAUCCGCAGACGGUGCUGCCGCCUUCUCCCCUCAGAGGCAGUGGUCUGUGGAAAGCAAAGGUGAAGAGCAAGAGAUCCAAAAUGGUUUCCACGGUGGCGGCGAUGACACGAUGAUCAACAACAGUGACUUGGCACCGAAUCAGAACAGCUCUCCUCUUACUAACGGCAUCCAGAACGACGGUUUCUUCACCAACAAGGACACCAACACAAGCACCAACAGUCUGAUGAAAAAGAAGAGCAAAGGGCUUCUUCUUCCCUCAGCAGCGUCCAUCGCGACCUUGCCUAAAGACGCCAGGGAGCUGAGCAGUCCCAAAGCUAACUCCACCCCCAAAGAGACCAAGCAGCCAUGUUACCCCCCUGACCAGGACCUGCUCCUCGGAUCUACUCCUAAGAACAGCCACAAGCCUCUCCCAACAGACCAGACAGACGAAGGCGAUAGGUCAGUGCCAGAGCUGGCCAGUGCGGGGUCGUCCUCCCCGAGUCAGGAUGAAGCAGGAGGAGACGAAGGAGAAGGAGGAGGGAGUCACAUGGUUAACGCCAAGUACAUCCCUUCUCAGCGGCAGAACAUCAAACUCCGCAAGGGUGGCAGCAAGAGUGUCAAGACUGUCAAGGUGAAGACAAGUCGGGCCUCUGAACGCAGUGAGCCCGCAGAGAGGAGAGGGGAUAAAUCCCACCACAGGUCCAGUUCUAAAAAGUCCCGGCUGCUGGAAGACGGAGGCUCCGCCCACAUGAAAGUCUCCAAGAGAUCACCUGUCGGGGCUCCUGGGGUGUCGUCCUCCAGAGUCAACAAACGCCUCCCUGUGUCCAUCCCCGAGGGUCGAGUCCUGGACAAGCACGCCACAUCGACGCUAAGCAGCGUGCGGUCAGGUGUAUCCAAGCACCAUCACCAUGGAAACCACCACCACUACAGUGGUACCCACCACCAUCACAGUCACCAUCAUCAUCAUCACCAUGGGCGUGACCAGGUCGUGGUCAUCGCCAAACCAAAACACAAACGAAAUGAUUACCGGCGGUUGCGUGCGAUCAUGGAGGUCCCGUACGACGAGGCGUUCAGGCGCGCUCAGCGGCGGCAGAGAAAAGAGCUUCUCAGCCAUUCUCCAGCCGGCGUGUACCUCCCCUCUGGUGAGCAGCUGAGCAGCCCGUACUCUUACGUCGGAGGAAGUGACUCAGAGUAUUCGGCCGAGUGUGCGUCGCUCUUUCACUCCACCAUCGUGGACACCAGUGAGGACGAGAGGUCCAACUACACCACCAACUGCUUCGGAGACAGUGAGUCCAGUGAGGAGGAGUAUGUGGAGGAGAGCACCACCACCAGUGAUACUGAGGAGAGUGGAGGAGGUGGGGCUGGGGGUAGGACAGGUGGAAUGGGCAGGGGGUGGAGCCAGUUAGGGGCACCAGGGGCCAGGGCGGUGGGGCAGGAAAUGACUCCGGCUCAGGCGAAGGCCUUCGUCAAGAUUAAGGCCUCUCACAACCUGAAGAAGAAAAUCCUGAGGUUCAGGUCGGGCUCGCUCAAACUCAUGACCACCGUGUGAGACGGCUGGAGGCGGGAAAUCACGCCGCUGCCCCCCUGACCCUGCUCGACCGAUCUGAACCAGAGCCAGAUCAGCUGGGGUGCCUUACCCAUGCACUUGUAGUGUAUCUGAACCAAAUCUCAUGUAGAAACAGUCCUGAGGGAGGACAGGUGCUGGGACACUUAUGAAGUGGACAAACACUUUUCUACAGUGACAUUUGAACCAACCCCAAGCCUCUUUCGCCUGAGAGACAAAUCCAAACCAGUCGUCCAUCUUUGUAAAAGUAUGUGUGACAUUUGUCCAGGCUGAUCCCCGACAACAACAAAAAGUCCAUGGAUUUUUUUUCUAAAUUUACUAUCUUCUUCAUAUCCUUUGUUAACCGUCUGUGUUCACCAGUGGAGUCCAUCUGACUGGCUCAGUGUCGAGGUAAUCGUGACUUCAGGAGUAGAAGUUUUCUGACGUCUAAAUGCUAAAGAGGGAACGAGGAGGAAUCUUGUUGUCAAUAAUCUUGUAACGGUGCUCCUAAGCCACUUGAUUGGCAAACAUAUCAUCCCAUCAGCUCCCUGAGUCUAAAUUUACCUUCACGUGGAUCAUGUGGGGUUUUACUUUCCAAUAAAGGAGCUUUUUCAAAGUUCUGAUAUUGCUACAUAGCUAACGUUAGCAUUAACAGGUGUGUAUUUAGUCUACCAGUCUCGCCCUGAGCUUCAGCCAUCAUUGUGUUUACAGUACAAGAGGUUAUAAUACAUCCUCUGAGCAGCUACUUCUUCAAGGCAGACUUGAUGCUACAAUGACUCAGUAUCGGAAAGUGACAGGACGGGCCGGGGCUAGCUGGUUAGCAUGCUAACUUCAGUAGAGGAAAAGAAGGGAUAGAAAUAGAGGCAAAACAAAGGGGAUUCUCUCCAUCUCUGGAGACAGCUGUUGAUGAGCAAAGGAAUGAAGUUUUAUGCUGAACUCAGAACAUUUCUUCUAGACUGGAGAGUAAACAGCUGCUAAUGCUAACGUUAGCUUUGUAGCAAUUGUAAAACUUACAAGCAGCUCCUUUAGGGAAAAUUGAGGGUGUGGUUUCACUUGUGAGUGAGAAACACCACGUACCACAGCACUGGGUUGUUCCCAUGGGCUCUACAGACAAACAUGAUCAACAUUACUACAGUUCAUGAUAUCACACAAAUCAACAUGGCCGCUCAAACAGGUAUCACUUUGAGACGUUUUUGAAUGUCAGACUAUUUCUAAAUCAGUGGUCAUCUCUUCAAACUGCUGGUUCUUCUCAUUUCCAACUUCCCACGUUUACAACAAACACAGUUUAAGUUGCAUUGUGGGAAACUACUGUUUGUGAAAAGGUAAAGGGGUUGGUCUUGAGUUUGGAUGUAGCCAAUCAAAUUGGCCUCCUUCCCUCCCCUCUGUCUCUUCUGGCCCAACAAGUGCCUCAGCCGAUGCAAACCCGGCUGUUAGUCCGACCUGAGAGGCCUCAGUACGCUUCAAACAAACAUGAUGUCCAUCCUGCCUCCUCCAUCUCUGUCCAGUCUUUGUAGCAAAGCCAGAUUACCAUCCAGGCAACGUGGGCAACUUCUCCAGGGCCCCAGACCCUCAAGGCCUCUGUUGUAUAUGUGUAAUUUGGCAAAAUCUUUGUGGUAAUUUGACUCGGGAAUAUACACCAGCAAAGCAAAUUGAACUUAAAUGCGUGUUGCCACAAGGUACCAUUUGUACCAAUCCUGAGUCUUUUAGAGCGUUUUCAAACCUUCAGGUUAUUUGCUCUGGUCUGAAUCUGGAGGAUGAGUUGUUAACUUAUAUUUUCCUCUUGGUUUGGUUUCUUAAAAAAGCAUCAGUAAAAGACACUCACUUCUGUCCCUGAGUACCUUAACAUCUAUUUUUAAUCUCCUCGUUUACGUGAUCAUGACAGUAUCCAUGUUUCUGAUCACCUGUGAGUGGUUGUGUCUUCAGAGUUCUGUACCAACAAAGAUUACUCAGAGACCUGGAUCAGGGUUUUACAGGUUUUACCCCUGCUAGCGAACUCUCCGUCAGGAAGGAGGUUUCAGACGCUGCUCAAUGAUCUGAAAGGCACUUUGUUUGAAGCGGGCCGAGGCCUUUAAUGUCUCUAUUGGACCUGUGCUCUCUGGUUUCUGGUAGAAUGAGUUUUAGUCAGGUUCUUCAGAGAGUUGUUAGGAAAGUUCUUCAGAUGGUUCCUCAAAUGUUUCUUAAAACAUUUCUCAAUGUCUCCAGAUGGUUGUUUAGAAAGUUGUCCAGAGGGUUCUUCAGAUGUUCCUAAGUUGGGUUGAGGGUUUAAGUGGGAUCUCUCUGCAGUAAUCUCUUUAUUUCCUGCACUUUGAGACAGACUGUCAGUAGACAGGACGGACGACGGGACCCUGUUGAUCUGUUGUUUGUAUGUAGCCUUGUUUUUGUAUUUAUUAUCACACAAACUUUUGCCCUUUGCUGAAGCGCACCGGCACGCCAAACAUCUGUAAAUGCUUCUCUUUUUAUUAGAUGAUCCUGGUUUAAGUUUUUUUUUUUUUUUUUUUUUUUUCAGAAAGCUAUUUAAAACCUAAUAUAUUUGCUUGGUACAUAUUGGAUACCACACAUGGUACUAACUGACUGACAGCUGGGCCUGAGCUGCAGUUUAUAUAACAUUUCUAUACUAAGUCUGAUGUGUCUUUAAUACUUCCACCACUGUUGCCACAAUAACCUAUUUAUACAGCAUUUAGAGGUGAAAACCAGAAUAACAUUUGGUUUGUUUUUAUUUUUUGCAAAAUUUUAUUGUCACUGCUGGGGGAAUCUUGUCCUCAGGUUUUCGUGAUUCGCUUCUUUGAAAUCAGUGAAAUGACCCGUUUCUCCAUGAGAUGUUCUAAGUCCAGCAGAACGUUUUCUUUCUUCCAACAGCUGUUGCCAUGGAGAUACAAGGUAUUUCAUUGUGUUUUACUCUUUAAUUUUACAACAUGUUGCCAAUUCUUUAUUAAACCCACAGCAGUGUGAAAUAAAGUUGCUGAAAUGCUUUUGAACCCUUGGCUAAAUGUAAUCAGGGUGUUUAAAAAACACCAACCAAACCAAGCCUAGUUUUAUCUGAGACGCCCACAUUUCACCUGCAAACUUACAAAGCUGCGCUCGCUCGUCAGAACGGUUUGAUAAAUCAUUUCGUUUUCUUUCUUCUCCAGAGUCAGAUGCCUCACAUGUGUUUAUAGCAGCUUUUUUACCAAGUGAAACCAACAGCAGCUGCUAUAAAAUGACUCAUUCUCAGUUAAAACAAUAUGAUGUGAACACUGUGUUAGAGCAAAGACUGGAGGCAGGUGGAGACCUCUAGCUAGUGUUGCUACUAAACAGCUAGCAUAGUAAAUGCUAUAUUAGGUAUUUAGUUAGAUGUUUAAAGCUACGUGGUUGAUGCUAUAGUAGCUAUAAAUGGUAACAUUGGCUAUCAAUUACUCACAAACAGCUAGCAAAAUCUGAUGUUACGUUAGCUGUGUCUAGCUAACUGAUGUUGUACCGUGACGUUUUUAGCUACUUUAGCAGAAACACUAUAGACGGAUGAACUGUUAGCCUAGCUCCAUUAGAAGAGACAAAAAUCCACAUUUCAGCAACUACAAGUCUGUCUGAUGUAUCUUGUUUAUUCAGUGUAGAAAUGAACAUGUAAACGAGAGCCAUUGCAGUUUUAGCAGCAGUUAGCUAUAGCUCUGGACAGUCUGAACACAUUGAUACAUAACAGAUGCACUAAAACUAACAUUAGCUUGCCAUCUAAUAACUAAGCAUAACCCUUAGCCUAUGGAUCAUAACAAUCACUUCCCUUGCCCCUACUCUUUGUGCUAAGCUAGGCUAAACACAUCCUGGACAUACCUGUGUACUAAAGCUCUGACUCUGGAUAAGACAAGGAUCGAGAGGCUUUCGCUAAAAGUCUGUUUGAAGUUUUCCUCAGCGGGCUCAUGCCAAGACGUUGUUGGAGUUUGAUGUUCGGCCUUAAAUUCGUUUUCUGGAAUCUCUUUAAAUUCAUUGUCCUCGUCUAUUCUGGUCCAGAGUUUACAUGUUCCAGAUAUAAAUAGCUCUUACAAAGCUCUAAAAAAAAAAAAAACCCACAGAAAGCUUCUCGUCAGCUGUCACGCCGUCUUUGUGUUGAGAGCUAUUUUAACUUUCCAUUGACUGAGAUUUAUUUCUGCUGUUUAAACAGUUUUUUUUCAUUUAAAUCUCUAGUGAGAGUUUAACAGCCAAAAACCUUCAACCACCAAGCUGCUUCAUACUGAUCCAACAGUCCCAACUUUACUCUUGUAAAUGAUCAUAUAUGCAACUGUGUGUGACUGUUACUGAUACUGUGUGUGUGUAUAUAUCUGUGUAUGCCAUUACUGGUGCUUUAACCUUUUUAUGCUUCAUUAAAUGUGGACUGUUAACAGCA